AUGUCCAAGCAGUCUUUUUUAUCAGCAGUAAUCAUUUUUUACCGGAUUUUCAAAAAUUUUUACCAGAAAUCAUGUUAUUUCAGUCUUCCUGAGGCGUUUGUUGCAUCGGCCUACUCAUCACCUAACACCAACAAUCAACAGUACAGCCCUUACGCCAGAAUGAGCUCGUCCAUAACCGAUUCUUCACCUCCUCGCUAUGAUGCCUACAACUACGAUCUGAGUAAUUCGGCAAAUCUACUACAACCACCAGUAGAUGACUUGGCUAAGCCUGUUGCUCGUGAACGCAGCAAAUCUCCAGCAACAACCCGAGUUCGAUUCGCCGAUACCACUAGCCCGCCGAUUUUACGUCGAAAGGUGAGAUUCUGCUUCUUUCUCUCUAAAGACCACAUUCCUAGCCAUACUUUGUUGAACUGUUCCCGAAUAAAGAGUUCGUGA